UGUGCGGAAGAAAUAAAGGAGAGCGAGAGAGAAAGAGAUAGAGGAAUUAAGAAGAGAUGGGUGCAGGUGGAGGACUUGUUGCCGGCUCAGGGAGAGAGUUUGUGGUUAUUAAUGCGGAGGACUCAGCUUGGAGGGGCAAACCUUUACAAGUAUUAGGGGGCGGAAUUUGCCAUAUUUGUGGAGAAGAUAUUGAGAUAUUGGAGAUGAACAAUAUUAAAGAGUUUUUUGUUGCAUGCAAUGAAUGCGCGUUUCCGGUGUGUAGAGCUUGCUAUGAGUACGAGAGAAGAGAAGGCGAUCAAGUCUGUCCUCAAUGCAAGACUCGAUAUAAGAGACAAAAAGGUAGUCCUCGAGUUGAAGGUGAUGAGGAAGAAGACGAAGCUGACGAUUUGUAUCAUGAAUUCAGUUUCUGCGACGCAAAUUGGAAUAUUGUCUCUGGUUCAAAGUUUAAGUUUCAAAAUGAAUCAGAUUAUUGGGGAUCUUACAGUAAUAUUUGGGCUUGCAACUCUGAUCUCAGUCAUUCUAAUUCAAAAACUAAUACUAAUAUCCCUCGUCUAACUUAUGGCGAGGUUGAUAGUCGCGAUCUUCAUGGACUAAUAGUUCCUUUAUCUGUGAACUCAAGGAGUUCUAUGGAUCAGUUCAUCUUCCAGGAAUCAUUGUCUCCUC